AUGAAUGCAGUAACAAUGGCCACGACCCCGGGCAUGCAGCCCCCGGACGGCCAAACUUCAUAUUUUCACGCGUCUUACAACUCAUUACAGACUGGGACAGUCAUUGCAUUUGGUAUUACAUAUUUCCUUGCAACUCUUUUCGUUGGCCUUCGCUAUUUUCAAGCCUUGAAAUUCAUAAAGAAGGUCGAGGCGGAUCUAGUGCAUAACACAAAGUACAUCUUAGUCGCUAUUACGAUUUCCUAUGGGGUCGCAUUGGUCUAUUUCGUGACUAUGGUCAACCUAAUGAAGCACGGCGCGUUCGUCACUUACAUAUAUCAGGCGCUGCUCCCUAAUACUCUGGCGUAUUUGAUAUGCCCAUGCAUCACCAAGAUGGCGAUCUUAUCUGUUCUGUAUCGCAUUAACCCCUCGACUAUCUAUCGCGCCCUCGUCGUGGCUGUCGCUUCUGCGAUCUUCACCUACACAUUGAUAUUGUGCAUCAUCACUGGAGGGCCAUGCAAUCCUCUUAAAACGGGAACAACGAAGUGUCUGGAGAACGUCGCUCUGUCGCAAGCGGUGCUAAAUAUUGUAUCUGACUUUGCCGUCGUGAGUCUCCCAAUUCCUACGAUUCAUAGUCUCCAAUUCUCCUUGAAGCAAAAAGCGACCGUCGGCUGCCUCCUGGCUCUGGGAUCCGGCGUUGUCAUCUGCUCAAUUGCUCGCCUGCCGUAUGUCCUUCUCCUGGACAAAACCGCCGAUGUAACGUACACCGAAGCUAUCCUAGGAGUGUGGUCUAUUGUCGAAGUUAACCUCGGUAUCAUUUGUGCCUGUGCCAUGCGAUUCAAAAGACUGAUCGCGACAUACUUGCCACGACUAUCAUUUUUUUCAUCGGGCACUCGCAGUGCUGCGAAAACAACAUACAAUAUGGAUGGGGGUAGGUUUCAGCCUAAAGACAGCAAGAAUCAACACUCGUACGAGCUCCACAGUGUUCAGAGAAGGACUACAGAUCCGCUUUUUGACACCAAAGGCAUUUCUGUGGACUUUUCGUAUCAAGUGAAUGUAGAAGGCUCUGAUGGGGACGCCAAAGACGGCGGGAGCACUCAUAGGAUUUUGCAUUGA